AUGUCUGAAGAAAUGUUACUGAAUUUGUUCUCUAGACUGGAUAAAAGUGGUGAUGGUAUACUCUCAAUAGAAGAAUUAAAACAAGGAUUACGAUCAUCAGGAGUUACAGAGAACGUAGUAAAUAAACUUAUAGAAAAGCUCGAUUUAAAUUUUGAUAGUAAUAUUACAUAUGAAGAAUAUAUACAAGCUAUACGUCAUGGAAAUAAAUAA